CUGGAUUUAUACAAAUCUCGAGGAAAUCCCUCGACGGGUGACAUCUUUCCCUGAAACGCAAACUGACCAGCAUGUUAGGUUUCUGGAAGCUGACGCAAACAAGCCAACGACGAAAAGCAAAUUGGACGACUUGCCUUCCUUUUUGGAUGAAGUCAAACGGAUGCAUAGCUUAUAAAAAGAGAGGCCAAUGCUUCACAAAUCAUUCUCCUGUAAAUCAAUCGUAUAUUUGAACAACCCCUUACCGCGUUUUGUCGAAGAACCUUCAUUUUCACCUGCUUCCAGCCACUCACCAGGACCCAUGGACGAACAGGAGGGCCUCAACGUUGCUGAGCUCGCCAAACAUUCGUGCAGGAAGGAGAGCAAGUUUAAAGGUGUACCAUUGACUGUCUUGGCACCAGUGCUGGUGGCUUUGGCAUUGGUUGGCGUGCUUCUUCCGGUCAAGUUACAAACCGAGAGUGUGAUUGCACCUCUUCCAGGGCUCGUCAAAGGUGUCCGAGAUUUAUCGAGUACUACGGCUAUAUUCGCUGGACCUUGGCAAGAUUUCCAGAAUCAUUCUGAAUUUAUUUCGACCUUGGCGCAUCUCUGGGGUUCAUUCAAACUUGACGCCAUAUCCUGCAAUUCAGCCCGUUGGCGAUCUGGUCAUAGCAACACUGAACCAUUGGAUUGGUAUACCAACGACUUCGGAGUCAUCCAAAUUGUCAGAGCGCCUGGUUCGGCAGAUGUUUGGGCUGCAAUUUCAGACACAGGAAGCCCGGGCUUCCAGCGUAUCUACGCCCUAAAUAAAACUACAGUGCCCAAAACCGGUACUGUCAAAACUUCAGCAACUGGACUUCCUUGCUAUGCUCCCCCUUGGAGACUGCCUACUAAACACAUGAUAUUGCAGUGCUUGUAGCAUUGAACUUGACGACCCAGUAUACGGAACCUUUCGUAUCAUAUCUUGUCGACGCUACUAUUAAUCUCGCCACUACAUACGUCGUUGCGAUGAGCUACAAUGCUGGGAUGGCCCCCUUCGGAUG